GCGAUGAUCGAAUCUGGUUAUGAUGAACUGGAUAGAUUUUGGCAUCGGUAGUGGACUUGACGCCAUCGUGACACUGCUCAGCUGCUGUGUGGAUGGACUUUUGACCGGAACAAAGAUUAUCUUUCCAUGCCUUCAUCGACGAGCUGUGUGCGAGUAUGGAAUCCACCAGAGCAGCUCUCAUUGCUUGCUUCCAUUUUCGCAUUACGCAGACAAUCGAAAUACUGGGUCGAGGUGCGGAACUAACGUCCGACCCAAGUUCACUACUGCAGCCAUCGCAUCGUCCGGGUUCAGCGCAGAGCGAACUGGGCUCUGGCACAAACAGUGUGGAACAGCCCGCACCCAUAUCGAUGACCCGUAUCUGAGGUGCAUGUUCUCGUUCCUAGCGCAUGAAGAAGAUGGGUUCGAAACCGUAACCAAUGAAACGGAAAUAUCCCUUUACGAUCGCAUGGCCUUUGCUUGCAACUUCCUCUCCGACUUGAAGCUGCCGAAUACAUUAAAAAGAUUGUGA